AUGGCGUCCUCCGGGAAAGCCGACUAUUGCCUCGUCUUACUCAACAGCUGCUUGGUGGAAGCCGAUCGCAGCGAGGAGCUGGCGUUCCUCAAGCCAUUCCUGGAGAAAUCCUUCAUGAAGAGGUCUUUCCGAAACGGCGUCGGGUCUGGAAUUAAAAAAAAUUCCUUCAGAAGAGCAAAAUUAUAGCCAAGUGCUCUCGCAAAACCCCCUUUGAUUUAGAGAAUCGCGCUUUUUGUAUGAAAGCUUUGGAAAUGCACAUACCUUUGUUGUGAGGUGAAAUACUUUUUUUUAACGGAAAGCCUAGGCCAGGAAUGUUCAGCCUGUGGGCCUCCAGCCGUAGUUGGACUGCAACUCCCACAAUCCCCUGAGAGAAGCCUAUCGAGCUGUUGAAGAACAGUUGGAGGGGCGUGGCUAAACAUACCUGACCUAGAAAAUCAUAAUUGCUCAGAAGCAUCAUUGUCUGAAAGGUUCAUUUUCUGCAGAAUUAAAAGCUCGCAUAUUUUUAAUCCACGAGCUGAUUUUACAUGUUUAUAGCAUCAUAAUUAAAUUAGCAUUUAAAUACAGUCAGCGGGCUGAAAUA